UUCAACGAAUGUUAACUUCUAAACAGACAGGUGCCUCUUUAAUUGAUUUAUCAAUGUAUUAUUAAGAAGUAAUAUAAUUUAACAUCAUAAAUAUUUUCACAUUGACUGUUAACAUUGAAAUCACCAAUGUACCUUUCCUUACUUUUUGUGAUAUAUCUUCCUCUCUCUGCUACUUCACUCAACAUAUCGGAUAAUGUAACUGAAAACGCUACAGAAACGGAAUUAACAUCUAUUUCACUUACAACUCUAAUAUCAGAAGAUGACUGUUUUCCGAAUCCUUGUAAGCAUGGAAUAUGUUGGACUCCUACAACCGGCCAAAUUGAGUGCAGCUGCUAUGAAGGAUAUUGGGGUUCACGUUGUCAGUACAAGAAAAAUACUGAAAGUGAAAAGCAGAAACUUAUUAUUACAGUAGUAGUGGUGGUCUCAGUUCUCAUCGUCAUAUGUGGUCUCCUUAUCCUUUUCGUGUUUUACCGCAAUAGAGUGCUUGGAAUUUCCUGAAAGGGAGAGAGCGGCUUCUUUGAACACUCACAUGACUUUUCUUGCAUCCUUGAAUGACAAGCAUUAUCUAAGAAUUAAUUGUGACUGGGAUGGACUGGACCACCAGUACAUAUCACGCUGAACCCUUUUUACUGGCUCUCUCCAAAAUGGUUUCUUUCUCCUGAAAAAAACUUUUUUAAAAAAGUAAUAAAAGGAAAUUGAUAUUAA